GUUUGAUUUUACUGAUUGAGUUGGAUUUGUUUUUUCGUGCCUUUUUAGGGAGAGUUGUGGAUGGAAGAGAGAUUAUGGUUCAGUUUGCCAAGUAUGGGCCUAAUGCAGAACAAAUGUGAGUUGCUCGUUGUUCUUGAUUGUUCGAUUUCAGUGCAUCCAUGAGUUUUGUCUUUGGUUUGGUUUGUUGUUUGCUGCCGAGUACCAUCUUCUCAAAGAUUUCAGCUCCUCCUGCAAAUCAGCUUCAUCUUUGUUAGAUUUUUGCUGUUUGAAAAAAUUCAGGAGCCUUAAACAUUUUCUGCAACUCCACCAUUACAGCAGCUUUGUCCGUGGAUCUUUUCUGCUUCGUUUCCCAUUUCAUCAACCAUGAUUUGCCUUUUGCACUGAUUUUUGAAACAAACAUGAACACCUUCUCUUUGAAUCUAGCUUUCCUCUCCUUGACAUCUCCCAUGGUGGGACUAACAUAUGCCUCCAUCUUCACAGCCUUUUUUGCUGCAAGAUUUUGGCCAAGAGGGGUUUCCCAUGAAAACCAUCUGAAAACAAUGAGAAAGGGUAAGAAGAGAGGGAUUGAGAGAGGACUUGGAGGAGAAGUAGAGACACCCAGAGUUUCCUCUUUUGGUGAGCAUCAUUUAGCAGAUCUCAUUUCACUGCAUUUUCAGCUUUCAUGCCAUAGCUCCAACGAAGGAGCCAAAGUCCUCGUCGAAUGUAUCACGAUGAAUAAAGGGAUAGGGAGAAUAGGAGGAGAAGUCGUAGUAGAAGAAGGGAUAAAUAUGAUUGUGACGGGACACGUCAUGGGUUUGAGAAUGCUGAUGAACACAGUGGUAACGAUGAUUCUCCUGGACCAAGAAGUGUUUCAUCAUGUGGCCGGCGUGCCGAUUCUCAAAGCAUGUCUCCUCAUAGGUCCUAUGGUGAUGAAUGAUGGCAAAAUGCCAUGUCCUUAAAGCAUCACAUCCGAGUGAGUUGGACUUAACUGGUUCUGUAAUGCAGAAGAAAUAUUGAAGUAAUGCUUACUAUCAGCAAAAUAUUGAGUUAUAGAGUUGGCUGCAAGUAGUGUUUAUUGAGAUCUCCCAUCUUUCCAUUUUGCUGUAACUUGUGCAGCUCUUCCUUCUUCAUUUGUUGCCAUUUUGUGCAGCUUUUAUUUUCAUUUGCUGCUACUUUUGCUGCUUGAACACCACAGCUCCAACAGUUUUUUCGUGCCUUUUUAGGGAGAGUUGUGGAUGGAAGGGAGAUUAUGGUUCAGUUUGCCACGUAUGGGCCUAAUGUAGAACAAAUGUGAGUUGCUCAU